AUGCAAGAUUUGUCGUCUUCGUCGGGUACUUGGUGGAAACAAGUGGUAGAUCUGGUACAGUCAACAUAUACCCUUUGGUUGGCGGCGUCUCCGUUGGAACGCCUACAGCUGGAACCAAAGGACCACGAGAACUUGACUACCGGAAAGUGGACACGAGUGAACGCUCGGGCCUGUUCGCUGAUACUGCAAAGCUUGACAGAGCAAGUGAGGCUGGACUUGAUAUCCAGGAGAGUGGUGCAAAGUUCUCCUCUGGUGUUAUUCCGUUUGCAUACAACAUAUCAGCCGGGCGGAGCUUCGGAGCGAUCGACAGUCUUGGGAAAUCUACAGACGACUACAACCCCAGCAACCUUAGAAGAAGCCUUGGUGUGGCUGAGGGCUUGGCCGAGGUGGGUGCAACGCUGUAAGGACCUGAAGAUGAUGGUACCGGACGGUUCAGUAUUAUCCAAGGUGCUUACAGGUACUACCGCGAAGUUUAUCGGAGAAAACCCAGAUGCUCAGUUUCGCACGCAACUACUCCGUUCAAGCUUGAGGAUCGACGCCCAACCUACCCAAGCAGAUGUUUGCAGAUACCAGAAACACCUUCAAGCUGAGAUAGAGACAAUGGUUGCGGCGAAAACUACAAACAAUACGCUGCUGGCUAAGGAGGCUGUCGUCGAGGCUCCAAGUGUCCUUACAGCCACGACAUGUCGCAUUUGUCCAAACAGGACUUCCAAGGGAGGACAGAAGGGAUCGACGGGAAACCCUGGGAGCCAGCAGCAGACGUCUUCUUCCACUUCGCGAGACCCGAAGGUGCAGCGCAUGGAGCCAGAGGGUGAGACAUCACCCACGGCACAGGCGACGUCAGUUGUCAGUGGCGAGCCGGUGUGGACAUUGGAAGCCUUGCUUCAAGCUGCGGCCAAAGUGGCGGGAGCUAAGCCACCGGAGGGACCUUCGAUCAAUGUGAUCUCUCUUCGAGCGCACCAGCCUAUGUCAGGAACGCAGCAGACCUUUGCUUUGAUAGGUUCUGGGGCAACGCAUGCGCUCCGAAGGGCAAAGAGCCAGGAGGAGUGGUCGCAAGCGGCGCCAGUUAUAGUCAACCUGGCGGGAGGUGAGUCGGUUUAUUUGAGGAUGAAUGCAGCCGGGACUAUUUUGGUUCCAGCGUCGACUAUGUCAACUACCUCGUCUACAACACCAAUCGUACCGUUGGGAGCAUUGGUGGGUCAGCUGGGCUAUACUAUGACAUGGAACAGUAGUAGGUGCAAGCUUGAGGGACGAGAUGAGGAGGUUUACAAUCUUCGUGUUCGUGAAGGGUGUCCAGAGAUUGCAGAGCAUGACGCGCUGAACUUGAUAGCCCGGCUUGAGGAUGAAAACUUGGAGGCCUUGAAGAUCAAUACCAGCGCAACCAGACGACGGGUUAAGGCUGCAGCGGUUGCUAUGAAUAGGACGUGGUUUGACUACUUGUCGUCGUACGUGGACAGCGGAUUAGCAAGCCAGGCCUUAGCAGCAGCAGACGCGGCGCCCUUCUUCCAGGAUGUCCCCAAGGAGUGUCUAACAGGCCUUGUGGAGGCAAUGCCGGAAGCCAAUGGGUGGGAUUCGUUGAAGGGACUAGAGCACCUGAACAGACGAACAAGAAAGAAGCUUUGGGGUUCGAACAAGUGGGUUCUACAUCUAUUCGCCGGGAACAAAGAAAAACGUGAUCUCUACCAUCUGGAGAAGCAUGGAUACGCGGUCCUGGAGCUAGGUGUGGAGCGAGGGCGCACUCACGAUAUCCUACGACAGUCCACUUGGAAGGCUCUGGAGUAUGCAGCCCGGAAAGGGAAAAUAGCUGCCAUCGUAGGCGGUCCUCCGCCUCAAGGAUCCUUUAUGAUCUCAAGACAUGUGGUUGGGGGACCAAGCCCAUUGCGAUCCAAUGACUACCCGUACGGAAACUGGCAUGGACAAUCAGAAGCAGAUGUAUAUGAGGUGAACAAGCAAACCCAACUGCUCGUGAGAAUGGUGUACCUUCAUGCUCUUUCUACAGCUGGAAGGAUCAAGUCGCAGCCAGACCCGGAUCCCUUGUAUCCCGAUGUGGUGAGUUUUUGGAGGACUCCUAUGUGGACAGAGUACGCGCUAGACCAGUUGAAGAUGACCGGGAAGCAGAAGAACCACCUGGACCGGCUAGGAGCGAAACAGAUUGAGGAGGAUGGCCAGGCCGAAGAGGUCGCGGAGGUCCAACCUUGCGUGAUGUCGGGGAACAGGACAGCAAUACAGAGUUUUCAGACUGACAAGCCGUAUACAACCAGCAAUGCAAUGCAGACGCCGCCACAAAGUUCCGUGAGGCAGGAGGACUGGACGGACUGGGAAAUGUUUCUGGUCCUUCAACCUGGAGCCACGGGGACGGUUCUUUUGGAUGCUGAUGUGCUUGCGGAGCCGUGGUUGCGAAAGGCGGAGGUGGUGUAUUCGGACAAUGUGGAGCAGCUGCUAGAGUCGCUGGAAGCGCCUCUUAACAUAGUGCACACAGUGAACCCUCGAGAGGUAUCGGGCUGUGUCGAUCGCUGGGUGCCAGCGCUCCGCAAAGAAAUUGCAUCACUGGAGCACGCGGUUGACAAGGUGAUGAGCGAUGAAGAGGACGUUCAGCAGGACCUUGCUACUGGUCGUGGACAGAUGAUACCCAUGAAAGUGGUCUUUACAGUAAAACCGCCCGAUGUACCUGCAGAAGGAGAGCAACCACUAGAGCUAUACAAGCGAAAGGCAAGAAUAGUGGUGUGUGGCAAUAUGGCGUCGCAUCAACCUGGUGAAGUUUACACGAAUACCACACCCGCGGAAGUCGUGCGUGCCGCAAUAGCACUCGCGCGGUUCUUCAACUGGGACUUCGGCAUGAUCGACGUCGUAGCAGCCUUUCUCCAAACACCACUGAAGGAGCUACAAGACGCACCGCUCGUGUACGGAAUUCCUCCCAAGCUGCUGGUAAAGAUUGGACUUUGCCGACCAGGUGAAUUAUGGCGUCUUACCCAUGCGGUAUAUGGACUACAAGAAUCUCCGAAGCUCUGGGGUUCAUAUCGAGAUAUCCGUCUGGCUCGCAUACAGUUGGUGUUUGAGGGCAAGCGGGUUACGUUAAUGCAGGGCCGUGUUGAGCCAUCGUGGUGGUCAGUGUUACAAGAAGGCUCGGUGUUGAUCGGGGUUUUGGUUGUGUAUGUGGACGAUAUCCUUAUUUGUGGGAAGUCAGAGAUGAUCCGGGAGCUCGCGAAGGUGAUCCGAGACACAUGGAAGACUAGCGAGUUGCAGUUGGUAUCUGACGGAACGAUAAGGUUCUUGGGCAUAGAGAUUUCUAAAUGUACCCAAGGAUAUGCUCUUUCUCAACGGUCGUAUAUAGAGGAGCUGGUUCGACUGCACAAUGUCCCUCCUACCAGGAAGGAUAUCAUCCCGAUCUCCAAGGACCUUGCCAAUUUUAACAUCGAGGACCACGAAAGUGUUUACACGGAUGGGGAGCUGAAGGCCGCUCAACAGUGUGCGGGCGAACUAUUGUGGGUUUCGCAGCGCGCCCGACCAGACUUGUGCUAUGUCGCAUCACUUGUGGGGUCGCUUUCGACCAGAGCACCGCGUCGAGCUGUUCAGAUAGCAGAGAAGGCGAUCGCAUUUCUUCAAAGGACGAUAGGGCACAGUUUGGUGUAUCAAGGAGACUCGUCUGGUCUGGUAGCAUAUUGCGAUGCCAGCUUUGCACCAGAAGGAGGCCGCAGCCAUUCUGGAUGGCUGAUAAUGCUGAAUGAUUGUGUUAUUGCGUGGCGAUCAGGGAGGCAGUCUACAAUAACUUUAAGUACAGCAGAAUCAGAGCUGACGGCGAUCUCCGAAGCAGUAUUAGCACUACAGAGCUCCAAUGCGAUGAUGAGUGAUAUGAUGCCUGGCGGUUUACCUUUGCAGCUAUUUUCGGAUUCCACAGCGGCUUUGGCUAUAGCAAACGGAAGCGGCAGCUGGAGGACGCGACACCUGAGGCUUCGCAGUGCGUGGGUGGCGGAGCUGAUAGCAUCGCAGGCAGUGACUGUUCAUCAUUGUGUAGGAGAAGUGCAGCCAGCAGACCUUCUAACCAAGGCUUUGUCUUCGCAGCGAAUAAGGACAUUGAGUCGACUGAUAAAUCUACGUGGUUCGGACGAGGACUAUGACGAGUCGGCAGCCGCAGCAGUUAGCACCGAAAACAGCAGGAGCAUCAAUAUCAGCAGCUGCAGAGCCCGCGCCCCUAACCAUGUCCCUAAGGGUUUAAUAGGCCUACUCAUUCUGUCUCAAGCUGUUAUGGGGGAGUCCUACAAUUGGGAAGAAGGAGAGGCGAUGGUCGUUAAGACAGAGUUACAGGUAAAUUAUGGUGUGAUCACAUGGGCGUUUAUGUGGGCAGCUGUGAUUGUUUUUCUGCUGGCUUGGGAGCUGCUAAAGUGGUUGGUCUGGUUGGCAUAUGAUAGAGCUACGCCAGGUUCGACAUCGAGGCGUGUGAAAAAGCUGCAAAAGCUGAGAGAGGCUACGACUGCGGCUAUACAACGAGAGAUCCAGGUGCGAACUGGUGGAAGACUGGAGCAAAGAGCGCGAGAUGCUGCAGUUAGUCCACUGGUGCAAAAGGGAGCCCCGCCGCGGAGCGGAACUCAAUCGUCCUCGACCGAAGAGAUUAAACCAGCGCUGCCAGAGGACCCGGCAACAGAGAGGAUGAAGUUGUUGAGGAGACUGGCGAGCGGGACGAAGGAGCAAGGGGAUGUCGGGUGUCAAGCUGGAGUGUUUACCCCAGCUGCUCCUCCUGAGACAAGGGUGAUCUUGCGCUAUGUGCAUGAGCCGCCUGGGGAAACAUUCUAUAUUCCUGGGAAUGAGUGCUUUCAUGUGUAUGGAGAUUGCCAUGCGUUCAGACACCGCGGGACUGCAGAUAAGGUUGAGAGGAGGCGCCUGUGUCAAUACUGUUUGAACAGGGCGGGAGAUGAUCCGGACAAGCAUGCCAAUUACGGUGCUGAUCUAGAGCGUGCUCGGGAAUAUGAGAGAAUCUUCAACACCCAAUUGCAGCAAUCUGGCCAGAGCGUUCGAGGAUGA